GCGGGAGCCAGCAGCGGGUGGCUGACCGUUGCCACUGUUUCUUCCAACGUCGUCGCGACUGGGAUCUGGUUCCAAAACUGCGAUUGUAAACGUGAUUGUUCUGGUAUCCAAAGAUGAAGAGCCCUUUUGCGCUGAAAGAAGACGCAUAUGUGCACUCCGACAUACCAAUGGAAAUACAUGGAACGUGGCCGUACAUUCUUGCCUUUCCAGCAGCAUGGGACAGCGCGUUCAUCGGCACUACACUUGCGCUUCCCUCUUUCAAACACCGCUUCGGCCUGGACACCGUCUCUCCAAAGGAGCUGACCAACCUCUCGUCCAAAAUUGUAUCCACAUUUCAGGCCGGUGCAUUCUUUGGCGCCAUCUUCGGGUUUUUGUUCGCCGAGCGAUGGGGCCGUAAGAUCACUAUUAUGGGCGGAGGAGCGCUGUUUAUGGUGGGCGCUGGAUUGAUGCUCCACGGCACACUAGGGCUCUAUGCCGAAUGUGCGCUUACUGGACCAGCCAUUGGGGCAACCUCCACUAUGAUCCCGAUCUACAUCGCAGAAUGCAGUCCCGCAUUAAUCAGAGGUCGCCUCGUCGGCAUCUUCGAAAUCAUGCUGCAGAUCGCGCUUGUCUUCGGCUUCUGGGUCAAUUAUGCCGCAGCGCAGUUUAUUCCUGCCGGCCUCCUGCUCAUCAGCAUGCCGUUCAUCAUCGAGUCCCCACGGUGGCUCCUCAGCAAGAACCGCAUUUCCCAAGCGACAAAGGCUCUCUGCUGGGUGCGCAACUUGCCUGCCGAGCACGCCUAUAUCGUGGCUGAGAUGGAAGAAAUCCUAACCGCCAUCACGCACGAGCUUGAAGUCAGUGGCGGCCGGCGCAGCACCAUCCGGAUUUUUCGCGAGAUUGGCGCGCCAGGAAUCCGCAAUCGUGUCCUCAUCAGCGUGCUGCUCAUGCUGCUGCAAAACUUGACUGGGAUCAAUGCGAUUAACUAUUACAGGCCAACCAUCCUGAAAGCUAUCGGGUACACUAGAACUUCCGACGGGCUACUUGCGACUGGGAUCUAUGGACUGGUCAAGAUAAUCACAACACUCAUCUCCAUGGUGUUCUUCGUCGAUCGAUUCGGGCGUCGUCCGGCAUUGCUCGUGCGCGGCAGUUUCGAGGGUAAGACGCCGGCCAGGGACUCCUGGAGCCAGGCGGCGCUGGGAAUGAUAUACAUCUACGCCAUCUUCUAUGGGUUCUCGUGGAAUGGAAUACCGUGGAUUUUCGCGAGUGAGGUGCUGCCGACCAGAGUGCGUACUUUGGGAAUGUGGCUCGCGCAACUCAUGGUUGUCUACUCGUUGCUGCAGAUGAUUGCUGGCAUCACAUACGGCACGUUCAUUUUCUUUGGAUCUUGCAUGGUUGUCGCAUUUAUCUUUGCGUACUUCUUUGUACCAGAGACGAAGAGUAGGAUGGUGCUGUUGCGUGUUCAAUUUUCGCGCUGUCGUGCAUGUGAGACGGCUGCGUUUUCCGUGGCAGUCUUGCGCCAAAAUCACUCUGGAAGUGACCUGACCGAACAACUUGACAUUUUCAAGACUGGUGAAGGAGAUAAGGUUGAGACUUUGCGAGAUCGCUCACGGUGA